AACGCAAUUACUUUUUGGCCAACCCAAUAGAAAGAAAUAUUUUAUGCAUUUUACGAAAAAACAUACAACAAAUGAGAAUAAAAUCAUUUGAACAAUUUUUGAAGAGCAAAGCCCGGUUAUCUUUUUCUGGAAUUUAAUACCUCCUCAUUACUAGCAUUUCGAUGGAUUUGAAUCGCAGCUGUAAAUAAGAAUUUAUAAUAAGAGAAUUUCGGUCAUUCUUUCACUCUUCGUCUCUUUCUAAGGCAGGUAGUUAGAAAAGGACGAAGAGUGAGUUAAUCUACGGUUAAAGUUAAACGGCAUUGGCCAGAAGCGGGCCUAAUACUAAUAUGGAAUUCCUGCACGAUUUGAGUUUUUUUUAUUUUGAUUUCCACUCGCGUGCUCUGCUUUUUGUUUUAAAUUUCUUGAGAGUAUGUGGUGUCUACAACGUUUAUCUUUUCAGUCUACCCCUGCUAUGUUUAUUUUUUUUUAAAUUUAUUCAAUGAACGGGAAAUUACCCUCUAGUGUCACAAAAGAUCAUAAGCAGGAUAAUAUGAACGUAAAUAAUCAAAUAAGCAAUACAAUAAUCCAAAUCGCAAACUCCAGAAGCGAAAAGUUCAAAAUCGAGUGAAAGCAGGAUAAAGAAAAAAGGCAUUAUGCCAACCAAAUAUUCUGAUUAAAGUCGCUAAAAAAGACAAAUAAAUUCCAUUGCACACAAAGAAUAAAGAUACAGCCUAAUAAAAUUAGUUAAACGCAUGUAACUUACACUUAAUAAACGCAUAUCAAGACAACUAAAUUCAAUUGCACACAAAGAAUAAAGAUACUAAAUUCCAUUGCACACAAAGAAUAAAGAUACAGCCUAAUAAAAUUAAUUAAACGCAUGUAACUUAAACUUAAUAAACGCAUAUAGCAAGUAAAAAAGUCCAAGAACGCAAUACAACAUUAAGGCAAGACAGAUGCAAAUACGAACGCAACGUAUGCAAAAUAAAAAUAAGCUAAAGAAAUACAAACGCAAGGCAUAAAGACAUAAUCACAAUAACCUAAUAAUGUUUAUAAUUUUAUAAUUUUUAAUAGUUUUUUAAUGUUUGGUUUUCGAUAUCUUAGCGCAGGCACUCGAUGGCUUCAUGCGAAAUCUGUUGCGUCAUAUUAAUUAUGCGGAAUGAUUGCGGUAAUCGCGGACGUCUCGAGAGUACACGUACUUUGUACUCGCCUUACCGGCAGAGGGAGAGUUCCGUGGUGUGAGUAUCAUGUACGUACACGCGCGGUAUUACGCGUGCGGCACGAGCACGCGGAAUGUUGCUGACCCGUAGCAGCUGAUUCAACCAACGGAUUUCUGCUCACUCUCCCCCCACCCUUCCUUCACGUACAUCUACCUUCAUUCCAACUGCACCUUCUACACCCUUGACGCGAAUGAUGAAUCGGGUUCAUACAGAUAUCUUAGGUUAUAAAUCGAAUUUUACGAAUUUCCUGUCUCUUGAAUCUCGUGCUCGUCAUCGUGAACGUCGCGAAUCUACCUCGUCGACCGUUCCUGUUCUUGAAGAACACGAGCAUGCUGCGCUAUUUGCCAUUUUGAAUCGUGCUGGAACAAUAUUCACGAUAGCAGCAGCUGCACCUGCUUGUCACGCAUCGAUUCUCGUGCAGGUUAUGUCGGACGUCGCAACCGAGCACUUCCGACCCGUAAAAAUGUGCAAUUUACGACUCCGACUUACGUUUUAUUAAUGUUGCAAGGAAGUGAGUGCGAAAACGUCAUUAGGUGCAGAAAGUGCCGCACGGAGAGCCGCGAGAGCUCGCUGCUUUCUUCAUCUCCCACCACCGCCGUCCCACUACCACCUGUUCAGUUUGACCCGCUCGACCCACUCGCUCCGCUCGCUCGCACUAGCUCGGCUUUAUGCCCGAAGAGACGCACGCGAUAGUGUAACCGUCGCACCAGGACGGUGCGGGACCGGUGGGUACGCGAGCUCGACAGCGGAAUGGCGCCAACGCUCAGCAAACUCGCCAGCGACAAGCGCACGCUGGCCGGAGCGGUAGCGGUCGGCACGCUCAUCUGGAUCCUGAGGAACCGCGGUAGCAGGCGUACACAACGGUCCAGGAACCAGUGGCCUGCCAGCAAUGACAUCCAGUAUGUUAUCAAGGAGGAGAAGCCGAAGGGCCCGAAGGCACAGGUGAACGCCGUCUUCUUCCGCAGGCUGUGUCAGCUGCUCAAGAUCGGCGUCCCCGGCGUGCUCACGCCGGAAUUCGGCUAUGUCCUGAUGGUGGCAGCCGCGCUCGUCGGCAGGACCCUGUGCGACCUCUGGCUAAUCAAGAAGAGCACCCUCAUCGAAACGUCGAUUGUCAACAUGGACCGAGCAUCGUUUAAGCGCCACUUGUUAGCCCUGUUCACGGUGGUGCCUUUGAUAUCGCUCGUGAACAACACGCUCAAGUACGGCAUAAGCGAGAUGAAGCUGAGGCUACGCACAAAUAUCACGCGCCACUUACUGGACCAUUAUCUCAAGGGUUUUACUUACUACAAGAUGAGUAAUCUAGACACUCGUAUCGCGAAUCCCGAUCAGUUACUGACCACAGAUAUCGACAAAUUUUGCGAGAGCUGUACGGAUCUGUACAGCAACGUAGCAAAACCAUUAUUAGAUAUCGGUCUGUACGUGUAUAGAUUAACUUCUACUAUCGGUGGACAAACGCCACUGGUGAUACUGUCCUACUUGGUAGUCGCCGGUAUUUUUUUGACCAAGUUACGCAAACCGAUUGGCACUUUGACGGUCAAGGAGCAGCGAUUGGAAGGCGAGUAUCGUCACAUCAAUUCGAGGCUGAUUACGAACUCCGAGGAAAUAGCUUUCUACGCCGGGAACAACAGGGAGAAGUUGACGCUACUGACAAGUUUCCACAAACUGGUGACUCACCUCCGGAAAUUUUUGGAAUUCAGAGUCUGCAUGGGCGUUAUAGACAAUUUCAUCGCGAAAUACUUCGCUACCGUGAUCGGCUUCUACGCAGUGAGCAUACCGUUCUUCCAAGAGGACCAUCCCAUACUAUCCGGCACGCCCGACCACCGAUUCAAAUCCUACUACACGUACGGCCGCAUGUUGGUGAAGCUGGCCGAAGCGAUAGGCCGACUGGUGCUGGCCGGAAGAGAGCUGACGCGUCUGGCAGGCUUCACCGCGCGGGUCACCGAGAUCAAGAAAGUGCUCGACGACCUGAACGCCGGCAAGUACGAGAGGACCAUGAUCGCGGAUUACAAGGAGAACGCGAUCGGUUAUCCCGGUGGCGGCAGGAUCGUCGCGCGCGACAAUAUCAUACGGUUCGACCGGGUGCCGCUGGUAACGCCGAACGGGGACGUUCUCAUCAAGGAGCUCUCCUUCGAGGUGAAGUCGGGGAUAAACGUGUUGGUCUGCGGGCCGAACGGCUGCGGCAAGAGCUCGAUGUUCCGAAUCCUGGGCGAGCUGUGGCCGGUCUGGUCCGGCACCAUCACGAAACCGCCGCGCGGUAAGCUGUUCUACAUUCCGCAACGGCCUUACAUGACCCUGGGCACGCUGAGGGAUCAGAUCAUCUACCCGCACACAAAGGCAGAGAUGAAGAGGCGCGGCAACGUCAGCGACGACGACCUAAAGCAAUUCCUGGAGCUGGUGCAGUUGACGCACUUGCUCGACAGGGAGAAUAAUCACAGCAACAGCGAGGGCCAGGGCUGGGACGCGGUGGCCGACUGGAUGGACGUCUUGUCGGGCGGCGAGAAGCAACGUAUAGCGAUGGCUCGGCUGUUCUAUCACAAGCCGCAAUUCGCGAUCCUGGACGAGUGCACGAGCGCCGUCAGCGUCGACGUCGAGGACUCCAUGUACACGUACUGCAGGCAGGAGAACAUCACGCUGUUCACGGUCUCGCACCGCCGCUCUCUCUGGAAGCAUCACGAGUACUAUUUGCACAUGGACGGCCGGGGAGGAUGCGAGUUCAAGCCAAUCGAACAAGAUACGAUAGAGUUCGGAUCGUGAAUUCAUGCGUCCCUUGCAUACGCGACGGCGCGUCUGCAUGCAAGGGACAUGUAACUUAGCCUAUUCAACAAUUUCAAUAUAUUAGGUAUUCGAAUUAACUGUUUUACGACUCAGGCACGCGAGAAUGCUGAAUCGAGCGUUCGGACGGACGGUAUGCAGGGUAUGUCUCGGAGAUGAUCGCUGGGUAGCGCGUCUCUCGUCGUUCAUGAUUUCUUCAAGGAGGUGAUUCAAAGAUCAACGAGGCCGUGUAAAUUUCCGAGGCAUUCCGAGUGCAAGAUGCGGACGACUGUACAAAUGGACGCACGGAGUAGCAAAAGACGGACGAUGCGGUGACGUUAGGCGCGUUAUUAAACUGGCCCUCUUACGCACGCACGUACAUUAUUUAACGGACGGUACGUUGUUAGUUGACUUGCGAUGCACAAUAAUAUAUAUUUUUCUAUCGAUGUUUUUACGGACUUGGCGGAGAGAACACGUUCCUGGAGGCACUUGAAAGCGUGGAAUGUAUCGUUAUGAUAUAUAUUUCGUAGGUUCCCGUUAUCCUUGGGUUUUUUUUCCCCGGCAUAAAAUUGUAAAUAUAUAUAUAUGUUAUAGCAUAUACAUAGACUCCGAAUGCAAAUUUGACUAA